GAACCUUCCCCACGCUCCGGUGCGGAGGGGUGUUUGCUAUAAUGUCGAGAUUGGGUUCACAUUGUGACUUGCGUCGAUAACCACGUGGAGGGUAGUAGGGUCAACGAACUGGAAUGCCUAGGAGACAUAUACUACCACGAACAUGCUGGAGCGAGUGUCCAGCAGGGCUACCAGCAAUCACGACAAUUGUUGGUGCAAGACGUCUUACAGUGAGGUUCUUGCGUCUUUCGUCCCGCCGACCACUAGCGCGAAUAGGGCUACAUUGCAUCUAUGGCGGAAUCACAUUAGCCUAUGCUCAGAACAAAUCAUCGGGCUUAGAUCGUGGCCCUAGGAGAUCUGGCGUCGGUGGUCCGUAGGAAUCCCGUGGUAGGUUUGAUUCCAAAUUUGCCGCCUGCCAUGCG